UCAAAAAGAUUGUACACUUGGUUUACUGCUGUCUCCAGCCAUGGGCCUUUGGGGCAUACUUUGUUUUUUAAUCUUCCUGGGGAAAAGUUGGGGACAGGAACAAACGUAUGUCAUAUCAGCACCAAAACUACUUCGUGUUGGAGCAUCUGAAAAUAUUGUAAUUCAAGUUUAUGGAUACACUGAAGCAUUUGAUGCAAUAAUCUCCAUUAAAAGUUAUCCUGGUAAAGAAUUUAGUUAUGACUCGAAAUCUGUUACUUUAUCCACAGAAAAUAAAUUCCAAAACUCUGCAACCUUAACAAUACAACCCAAACAAUUAUUGGGAAGACAAAACCCAGUUUCACAUGUGUAUUUGGACAUUGUAUCAAAGCAUUUUUCAAAAUCAAAAAAAGUGCCAAUAACCAAAGACAAUGGAUAUCUCUUCAUUCAAACAGACAAACCUAUUUACACUUCAGAACAAUCAGUAAAGGUUAGAGUUUUUUCACUGAAUGAUGACUUGAAGCCAGCCAAAAGAGAAAUUCUCUUAACUUUCAUAGAUCCUGAUGGAUCAGGAGUUGACAUUAUGGAAGAAAAUGAUUAUACUGGAAUUAUCUCUUUUCCUGACUUCAAGAUUCCAUCUAGUCCUAAGUAUGGUGUGUGGAAAAUUGAAGCUAAAUAUAAAGAGCACUUUUCAACAACCGGGGCUGCAUAUUUUGAAGUUAAAGAAUAUGUGUUGCCACAUUUUUCUGUCUCAAUAGAACCAGAAAAUAGUUUCAUUGGCCAUAAGAGCUUUAAUAAUUUUGAAAUUACUAUAAAAGCAAGAUAUUUUUAUAACAAAGUUGUCAGUGAGGCUGAAGCUUUUAUCGCUUUUGGAAUAAAAGAUGACUUACAUGAUGAUAAUAAAAAUAUGAUGAUAAAUGCAAUGCAGAGCACAAUGUUGAUAAAUGGAAUUGCUAAAAUCACUUUUAACUCUGAAAGAGCAGUUAAAGAAUUGUCCUAUGGAAGCCUGGAAGAGUUAAACAAUAAGUACCUUUAUAUUGGUGUAACAGUCAUAGAGUCUACAGGUGGAUUUUCUGAAGAGGCAGAAUUUUCUGGCAUCAGAUAUGUCCUCUCUCCCUACAAACUGAAUUUGGUUGCUACUCCUCUUUUCUUGAAGCCUGGAAUUCCAUAUUCUAUCAAGGUGCAAGUUAAGGAUUCACUUGAUGAAAUAGUGGGAGGGGUGCCGGUGACCCUGAGUGCACAAACGGUCAAUGAAAACCAGGAGAUGGCUGACUUGGAAUCAAGGAAAAGCGUGACAAGUUCCAGUGAUGGAGUAGCUUUAUUCGUGGUUAAUCUCCCAUCUGGAGUGACAGCUCUGGAGUUUAAUGUUAAGACUGAUGAUCCAGAUAUUCCAGAAGAAAAUCAGGCCAGCAAAGAUUACAGAGCAAUAGCAUAUUCAUCUCUCAGCCAAAGUUACCUUUAUAUUGACUGGACUGGAACCUAUAAACCUUUGCUCGUGGGAGAACAUCUGAAUAUUAUUGUUACCCCCAAAAGUCCAUAUAUUGACAAAAUAACUCACUAUAAUUACUUGAUAUUAUCCAAGGGCAAAAUUGUUCACUUUGGCACACGGGAGAAACUUCCAGAUUCCUCUUACCAAAAUAUAAAUGUUCCAGUGACACAGAACAUGGUUCCUUCAGCCCGUCUCCUGGUCUAUUACAUUGUCACAGGAGAGCAGACAGCAGAACUAGUGUCUGAUUCAGUCUGGUUAAAUGUUGAAGAAAAAUGUGGUAACCAGCUCCAGGUUAAUCUGUCUCCACAUGCACAUGCAUAUUCUCCAGGUGAACUUGUAUCUCUUGAUAUGGUAACUCACUCAGAUUCCUGGGUGGCUUUAACAGCAGUGGACAGUGCUGUGUAUGGACUCCAAAGGAAAGCCAACAAGUCCCUAGAAAAAGUAUUUCAUGCUUUAGAGAAGACUGACCUGGGCUGUGGGGCAGGAGGUGGCCGCAACAAUGCAGAUGUAUUCCACCUGGCUGGACUCACCUUACUCACCAAUGCAAAUGCAGAUGACACCUCAGAAAAUGCAGGUGAGCCUUGUAAAGAAAUUCUCAGGGCAAGAAGAAUGCUGCAAAAGAAAAUGAAGGAAGAAGCUGCUAAGUACAAAAAUCAAGUAGUGAAGAAAUGUUGCUAUGAUGGAGCCCACCGUAAUGAUUUUGAAAGCUGUGAAGAGCGAGCUGCCCGGAUUACACUAGGCCCACGAUGCAUCGCAGCUUUUAAGCAAUGUUGUGCUAUAGCACAAGAGAUCCGUGAUGAAGACACUCAUAAACCUCUGACAUUGGGAAGGCUAAAUACACGGACCCUGGCACCAAUAACCAAGACAGAAAUAAGGAGCUAUUUUCCAGAAAGCUGGUUAUGGGAAGUUCAUCAUAUCCCAUCGGCUACAGCAAGAAAGCAGUUGCAGUUUGUGUUACCUGAUUCUCUAACUACCUGGGAAAUUCAAGGUGUUGGCAUUUCAGAUAGUGGUAUAUGUGUUUCUGAUACUGUCAAGGCAAAGGUGUUCAAAGAUGUCUUCCUGGAAAUGAAUAUACCAUAUUCUGUUGUACGAGGUGAACAGAUCCAAUUGAAAGGAACUGUUUACAACUAUAGGAUGUCUGGGAUAAGGUUCUGUGUUACAAUGUCUCCUGUGGAGGGAAUCUGUUCCUCAGGAAGUCCAACCACUGACAGUCAGGGGAAAAAGACCUCCAGAUGUCUGCGCCAGACAGUAGAGGGCUCCUCCAAUCAUUUGGUGACCUUCACCGUGCUUCCCCUGGAAACUGGCCUCCACAACAUCAGCUUUUCACUGGACACUACACUAGGAAAAGAAAUCUUAAUAAAAACAUUACGAGUAGUGCCAGAAGGUGUCAAAAAGGAAAAUUAUGCUGGUAUUACUCUGGACCCAAGGGGUAUUUUUGGUGUCAGUAGCAGACAAAAGGAGUUCCCAUAUAGGGUACCAUUAGAUUUGGUCCCCAAAACAAAAGUCAAAAGGAUUGUGAGUAUAAAAGGACUGCUUAUGGGUGAGAUCAUUUUUACAGCAUUGAGUCGGGAAGGCAUUGACAUCCUUACCCACCUCCCCAAGGGGAACGCAGAAGCGGAGUUGAUGAGCAUUAUCCCAGUAUUCUAUGUUUAUCACUACCUGGAAGCAGGAAGUCAUUGGAACAUUUUUCUCUCUGAUUCAUUAACUGAAAAACAGUACCUGAAGAAAAAAUUAAAAGAAGGGAUGAUAAACAUCAUGUCCUACCAAAAUCCUGACUAUUCUUAUAGCAUGUGGAAAGAUGGACAAGCUAGUACUUGGUUAACAGCUUUUGUUUUAAGAGUUCUGGGACAAUUACAUAAAUAUUUACCUCAGGACCAAAAUUCAAUUUGUAAUUCUUUACUGUGGCUGAUUGAGAACUGUCAACUAUCAAAUGGACCUUUCAAGGAACUUUCCAAUUAUCAACCGAUAAAAUUACGGGGUACCUUAUCUACUGAAGCCCAAGAGAACACCUUGUAUCUUACAGCAUUUGCUGUGAUUGGAAUUAGAAAGGCUUAUGAUGUAUGCCCCCUAAUGAAAAUCAGCACAGCUCUAACUAAAGCUGACACCUUCCUGCUUGAAAAUGCCCUCUCAGCCCAGAGCACCUUUACACUGGCCAUUGCUGCUUAUGCUCUUUCCCUGGGAGAUAGAACUCACUCACAGUUUCAUGCCAUUGUCUCAGCCCUGAAGAAGAAAGCUUUGGUUAAAGGUAGUACACCCACUUACCGUUUUUGGAAAGAUGAUCUUCAAGAGCAAGAUAGCCUUGGACCUACUACUGGUACAGCGCAAAUGGUGGAAACCACUUCCUAUGCUUUACUUACCUUUUUGAACUUGAAAGAUAGGAAUUAUGUUAACCCAAUAAUCAAAUGGCUAUCUGAAGAGCAGAGGUAUGGAGGUGGCUUUUAUUCGACCCAGGAUACAAUAAAUGCCAUCGAGGGCCUGACAGAAUAUUCACUCCUGCUUAAACAACUCCACUUGAAUAUGGAUAUCAGUGUUUCUUACAAGCAUAAAGGUGACCUCCACCAUUAUAAGCUAACAGAGAAGAAUUUCCUUGGGAGGCCACUAGAGGUGUCUGUCAGUGAUGACCUUAUCGUCCGUGCUGGAAACAAUGGCUUGGCUACAGUGCAGGUAAAAACUGUGGUUCAUAAAAUUGGUACCUCUGAGGAAUUUUGCAGCUUUCAUUUGAAAAUUGAAGCCCAGAACAUCGACGCAUCCAGCUACAGAGGCACCCCAUACUACAUGCGCCUGGUGGCGUGUGCGAGCCACAAGCCCGGCAAAGAAGAAUCGUCAUCUGGGUCCUCCCAUGCAGUGAUGGAUAUCUCUUUGCCCACUGGAAUCGAAGCAAACACAGAAGACUUAAGAGCUCUUACAGAAGGAGUGGAUCAACUAUUAACUGAUUACCAAAUCAAAGAUGGACAUGUUAUUCUGCAACUUAAUUCAAUUCCUUCCAAUGAUUUCCUCUGUGUUCGAUUUCGGAUCAUUGAAUCUUUUCAAGUUGGGUUUCUGAAUCCUGCUACUUUCACAGUGUAUGAAUACCACAGACCAGAUAAAAAGUGCACCAUGUUUUAUAGCACAUCCAAUAGCCAACUUCAGAAAGUCUGUGAAGGAACAACGUGCAAAUGUGUAGAAGCUGACUGUGGACAAAUGCAGCCAGAACUGGAUCUGACAAUCUCUGCAGAUAAAAGAAAAAACACAGCAUGUGAACCAGAGAUUGCAUACGCUUAUAAAGUUCGUAUCACAUCCUUCACUGAAGAAAAUGUUUUUGUCAAGUACACAGCAACCCUCCUGGAUGUCUACAAAGCUGGCGAAGCUGCUGCUGAGAAAGACUCUGAAAUCACCUUCAUUAGAAAGGUAACCUGUGUUAAUGCUGACCUGAAAAAAGGAAGACAGUAUCUAAUUAUGGGUAAAGAAGCUCUCCAGAUAAAACUCAAUUUCAGUUUCAAGUACAUCUACCCUUUAGAUUCCUCCACCUGGAUUGAGUAUUGGCCUACAGAUACAACAUGUCCAUCGUGCCAGGCAUUUUUAAAUAAUUUAGAUGAGUUUGCUGAAGAUAUCUUUUUAAAUGGCUGCGAAAAUGCCUGAAAAAUCUCAUCUACGUACAGUUUUCAGUUUGGACUUCUGUUGUUGAAGUUUCUUUCUUCCCUUUUUUUUUUUAAAAAAAAAAAACAUCCACAGCUGGUCUUGUUUGGAAAGCUCCCUUUACUUAGAAUUAGUGGCACUUGCUUUUAUUAAAGAACAAUUUUAAGAGCUAUAACUUUCUGAAAUAACAUGGCCUUGGGGGGCACGGAGACAGAUACUCAUUCCAAGGUCAUUGGACACCAGAAGCAAUAAACGGACCAUCUAAAACCUACCUCUCAGGAAUGUUUGCUGGGGACAAAAGAAUAGCCUAUUGAAAUGUAGUAUCUUACAAAAACAUGGCCUCUGCCUAAAAGAAAAUAACAAGGAACAGAAAACUGAUCAUUAAAGACUGACUUUGCUUUC